AUGGCUGCUCCGGCAGGCCCUCGUCUCCUACUACCCUGCUUCGCCUGCUGUCCCGCUACUUCGCCGUCCAUCAAUGCAUUGUCUUUGGUUCGCAGACUAGGCAGCUCUCCCCAUAGAUGGGCGAGGACUCUUCAUGAACGAGCACAUCAACCUGCUCGCUCCGCCAGGGAUCCGAGUAAAGCACUAUUUCAUUCUCGGGCUUUCAUUCCCGACUAUUUCUCCGCCAACAGCUCGAUAGAACGAGGAUGGAUCACCAAUGGCUUGUUGGCUUCCAUGCGCACCGUCUCCGAGUCUCCCGCUCGCUCCUCCCAAGCCUCGCACACUCUAAACAGUGUUCAAAGAUCUGCCGAAAACGACCCCCACCACAGCCUCAGAAGAAGCCACACCCUCGAUCGAACCCCCCCUCCUCCUCCACCUCCUCCGACUUUGGUUCAAGAUGAUUCCCAGGGUCAACUGUCAUCUCAGGGUGCUUCAGUAGCAGAUAUAGACGAGGCCGCAGAGAAUCUGCUCCCGCACCGAAGGCGUCAGAGGCGGAAGUCCCAGCAACAGACAAGCUCCUCUGAUGGGUCAGACAAGCCCUCCACGCCCUCCGACUCACUCCCCCUAGACGCUUCGUCGCAGUUGACCUCGGCCGCAGCAGCUUUACCCGCCUCGGCCAGCUUCCGCCGACGAGCUACAACCUAUCUGUCCCUAUCAAAACCUCGCCUGUCCUUCCUCAUCCUCCUGACAACGACCUCCGCAUACUCGCUCUAUCCCAUUCCUGAUAUUCUCUCAGCCACCACUUCAGCCGUAGAGUCUUCCUUUUCCACAUCUACCAUGACCUUGGUUUUUCUCACCUCGGGCACUUUUCUGUCAUGUGCUUGUGCAAACACUCUGAACAUGCUAUUUGAGCCAAAGUAUGAUGCCCUCAUGACGCGAACCCGCAACCGGCCCCUGGUACGAAAUCUCAUCUCUCCUCGAGGUGCAGCCUUGUUUGCCCUGCUGUGUGGGACUUCUGGCUUACUGUUGCUCGGCUUUGGGACCAACCCUACCGUAGCUGGUCUGUCCGCUCUCAAUAUUUUUCUCUAUGCCGGAGUCUACACCCCAAUGAAACGCAUUUCUCCAGCCAACACCUGGGUUGGCGCAAUCGUGGGUGGAAUUCCUCCGCUAAUGGGCUGGUGUGCCGCCGCUGGCCAAACUGCCACUUCCGAACACCAUUCCUGGCAGGAUCUGCUCUUGUCCGAGGACGCCGCCGGUGGUUGGGCCCUCGCUGCUCUGUUGUUUGCAUGGCAGUUCCCCCACUUCAUGUCCUUGUCUCAUACCAUCAAAGAUGACUACCGCAAUGCUGGCCACAAGAUGUUAGCGUGGACCAAUCCGGCCAGAAACGCUCGAGUGGCGCUUCGCUAUUCUGUUGCAAUGUUUCCCAUCUGCGGCUUUCUCUACUGGUCGGGCUACGUCAACCCUGGAUUUCUCGCCAUCAGUACGGUCUUCAAUGUCUGGAUGACUAGAGAGGCCGUGCGGUUCUGGAGAAAACAAGGUGCCGGAGGCAGCGCGCGAGGUCUGUUCUGGGCCAGUGUCUGGCAGCUCCCUCUCGUGCUCAUUGGGGCUUUGGUGUGCAAGAGAGGAAUCUGGGAUGGCUUUUUCGGUGCAAAGGACGUACACAGUAUUUACGAUGAGGAUCAGGAUAUCGAGGAUGGCCCGUCACUGGGAAUGCAUUCAACCCAUGCUGAGCAGCGUCAACAGCCACCUGGUGAAAUCAAUAUGGCGAUGAUGGGGUUUAAAAGACCGACGUGA